AUGACAGAGCUCGUCGGCAACUGGCUCCAUUUUGCGGCCCAACAACCAAAACGGAAGCGUGCUGAAGCCGUCUGUUUCUUUUGUCACUCUAAAAAGAUCAAGUGUGAUCUGCAGAGCCGAAGCUCCCAAGGCCACGCACGAUGCUCCAACUGUGACAACCAGGACCAAGACUGCCAUCUUCGGCCGUCUAAGCGAGGCAAGCAGCGCCGAAGAGUAUCCACUCAAGCAGAAUGCGGUACUGAGUCUAUUGUCGUUCUGGGUGCGGAAGAUGUGGGCGAAGACGGAUCAGGACCAUCUAAUGAUGCGACUAUCGAGUUUGUAGAUGAAUUUGUAGAUCAAGGAUUGGUCGAGUCGCCGGUCUCUGCGGCUGCCCCUACGCGAGGGGUGGUAUUCGCUCUGCCCCCCGCUGAGCCUCCUCCCGACGUUGCAAUCACCCAUCAGACCCAGUCGAGCACUUCGCCAACAGAAGGCGCCGGCCGCAGCCAUGCAGGCGAUGUCGAUACGGGCUUCCUUCAACUCUACGGGCCCGAGAACCAACUGGAAGCCGAGCAGCAAGAACUAGUCGCAAAUUUCGAGCUUCGAAACCCGGCAUCAGAUCCUCGACAGCAGGAGCUUCAACAAAGCUUUUCCGAAACGUACUUCGAGUACUGCUACCCAUGGUGUCCUGUUCUUGAUCGCCAGACACUCGAGUCUGAGCUAGAAAGGUCUCCCAUGCUCGCGAAUGCUCUUGCACUUGCCGCGAGCCAUAUACAGCCCCCGUUAAUCCCACAUGAAGGGCCGGCUUCGUACUACAAGAAAGCAAGAAUGAUGUUCUAUGAGGAUGAGGAGCCAGACAUACUUGUGGCACUGAAGGCCAUCUCUUUAUUUUACUGGUGGGCACCGCGGUCCCCUGCUACAGCUCAUCGCCAUUCGUCUUGGUGGUGGACUUCGGUUAUCAUUAGACAUGCGCAGCAGAUGAACAUACAUCGUGAACCCCAUGGAGAGGCAGCCAGCAAGCUCCAUCUCAGCCUACGGAGACGAUUAUGGUGGACUGUAUUUGCGCGCGAACGACUGACAUCUCUUUGCCAGAGUAAACCCUGUAUCAUCUGUCCAGAAGACAUGACAAUCAAGGAGGUCCAACCGGCCGACUUUCCAAGCGAUCCUGCAUCACAGAAAAAAGGGCUCAUCUUCAAGUAUUGGGUCCGGCUAUGUGGCAUCAUGGGGAAAGUCUCCCAGGCACUGUCCAAGUCGGCGGACUCGACCUCCACUCCAUUCCCCACGGGAUUGAGACAGGAGCUCGUUGACUGGGUUCAAUCAUUGCCACCGGAUCUUCAGCUUCCCAUUGGUUCAAGCCGUACACAAUCAUUUGACCGCGAUGUUCAUCAAUUGCAUCUUCCUUACCUCACAACCAUCAUUGUCAUGCAUCUCCAGAGAACAACCCCAGAUCUGCCACAGGCUCUCCCGCCAGCCAUCUUGGCUGCGUCGUGUAUUGCUAGGGUUCUUCGAGAUAUUCUAUCCCGUGGAAACGCACGCUUUCUCAUGGCCAUUACGUGCUGGUACUGCGGCACCGCCUUCAUUGCUCUUCUCCAGGCGAGUCGAAUUAAGCAGUUCUCGCAGGAGGCCGAGGAGGGCCUGGACAUCUUGGAUCAGGCGGUUGCUCAGCUUCAGCAAAUGUGGGCAUCUGCCAACGUUAUACGGCAAGGCUUCGAACGGCUCCGGGCGUUGCCCCGUACCAUGAUGCACCCCGGAAGAAGCAGGGCCAGUGAGCCUAAUGGACAGAGCAAUGGUGGCCGAGGAGCGUCAAGCAUAUCGAUCGACUUUGAUUGGUCGCGUCUGUUCCCGUUUGUGACUAGAUCAACUGGUCGGAUCGCAGAUUGCCUCCUUGCCGACAAUGAGUUUGGUACCACUACAACCGCCCUGCCUUCACCUGAGAAUGCGAUCUUCCACGAAGACUUGCUCAAUCGUUAUCAGGAUCUGUUGGAACCAUUCGUUGAUUAUAAUUUUGAUUUCUCCAAUAUCAACUUGGACAUAUUGUAA